AUGGCAUCACUCGCCGGCAAAGUUGCCUUGGUCAGCGGGUCUUCGCAAGGAGUGGGUGCCGCUAUUGCGCGGGAUCUGUUCGCACGAGGAGCCUCCGUCGUCAUCAACUACCCCAAUCACACCGAGAAAGCAAACGCAGAUAAGGUGUUGCAGAGCCUGGAUUCCCGUCGAGCAAGUGCCGUCGAAGCAGAUUUGUCCACGCAGCAAGGACCACAAAAUCUGGCUGACUCGGCUGCCAGAGCAUUUAGAAAGAUUGAUGUGCUAGUGAAUAGUGCAGGCAUCAAUCGGCCUGCAUUGCUGAACGAUCCAGAUGACGACAGCGUCGAGAGACUGUGGCACGAUGUCACCUACACCAAUGGCAGAGGCCUCUUUUUGCUCACCAGAGCCGUGCUGAAAUAUCUUUGCUGCGACAACUCGCGCAUCAUCAACAUCGGCAGCUCGGUAUCUCGCACUCCAGCGCCAGAGUCCAGCAUCUAUGCGGGGUCCAAAGGCAUGGUGGAGGCCUAUACGCAGUGCUGGGCGACUGAGUUGCCACGGAAAUAUGGAUGUACUGUAAACGCAGUAGCUCCAGGUCCUGUUGCAACGGAAGCCUUUUUGGCGGCCCCGCCUGAGAUCGUGGGCGUUUUGCGGCCGAUGGUUGAUGCUACUCCUGUGGCUGCACGCUUGGGCACGCCAGAGGAGGUUGCGUGCGUUGUUGUCAUGCUUUGCCAAGACAAGGCCGGAUGGAUCAAUGGAGCGUAUCUGCCGGUUAAUGGAGGCUGCAGUAUUUGGUAA